AAUUGCCACUAUAGAAGGUCUACGAGUCUUUUGUCUUGCUUGAUACUACGAGUGAAGAAGUGGCCACAACAAACAAGAGAUUCAUAGCGUCUUUCUGAGUUUUGAUUAUUCUUCUUCUUCUUCUUCUUCUUUUGUUAUGGCUAAUAAUCGCCACACGAUUAUUCUAAUUCAAACUUCUCAGAAUAGAGCAACUAGAACAUUCAAGGAUUUUGACUCAGUAACUCAAGCUAUGGACGGCAUAUGUGCAAUGUAUGAAAGGAAACUGAAGGAGUUGAAUCCGGCCAUCAGAAACCUCUCUUAUGAUAUUACGGAUCUCUACAACUUCAUAGAUGGUCUUGCAGACCUGAGUGCUCUAGUUUUUGAUAGUACAUCUCAUGCUUACUUCCCCUAUGAUCGAGAGUGGAUCAAGCAACAAACCUAUCAUCGUUUGAAGAAAUUGGCACAUUGACUGAUCCCCAAAGUUUUAGCAAUUAAAUGUAAAGAAAAUUACCAAGGGAAGAAGAAAUUGUCUGUUAUGUGGGCUAUACUCAGAUGGCUAUGUUGCUUGAUAUGAUGAUUAUUGCACAUACUGUCAGUGAAUUUUUAUAUAAUAUAUAUCAAUAGCUAGUACUACCAAAGUUUAAGAAACAAUGAUCAUGAGAUUCAUGGCAUGGCUUAGUUUAUCCUUGUCAAGUGUUCUAUGGCUAGCAGAUUUGGCCUUGUUAAAAAAAUCUUCAUCUUGUCUUGUACUAAUAGUAAGUUGCACUGUUUAUUUACCUAA